UGAAAACUGCUGUUUGUUUUUACCUGCUUAAUUUUGCUGGACAUCAAUUUGCUGAUUUUAACCAUGAAACUGUAGAAAUAUGUGGCAAACAUUAUAUUUGCACAGUCAUUGACUAGCAUGAGGUUUUAUUUUGAAAAGCACCGGAGGACGCUCUGGUUGUAAGUCCUUCUGACUUGCCUGAGGCUGGUGUGAAGGUGCAGCCCCCCCAUCAUUCCAAUCAGACUUGCUGGUGCUGCUGAGGUCCAGGAGCUCUCUCCUCCUCCCACCUCCUACUCGUAAUGGGGGAGCUGCAUGCAGCGGUGAAGUCACAGUGAUGUCAUUUGAGGAUGUGAGAGAGUAGGGGGCAAGGUGAGCUGAUCUUGCAGUGAGUGGUGCCCCCCCUCCACGGCCAGCGUUGCCUGUACAAAGACGCGGAGCGGCGAAAGAUGGUCAUCGCCACCGGCACCAAUCCAAGCUCCGACGCGUUCUGUUCUCCACUCGCUCAGAUCUCGGGCCAUGGGGCCCUGAUCUACUCUGACCCACAAACUCUGAACCUUCAUCGCCAACAUGCCAAAGGACAGAAGAUAAGAAGAGUUGCUUUUUUAGGGCAGGUAACUUUAACCAGGUGCCCCAAAGGUAAACUGGAUGGCCAUUGCGCAAAGGUGUCACUACAGCAUGCGCAGCGGGGCCGAGACGCACUGGACGCUGCCAGCAGUUAUUGUUCUGUGGACUUCUCUGUGGGCAAUCGCUUCCUCUUUCCCGACCCCGAACAGGACUAACGCUACUUUGUUAGAAAGGAAGUGGGAGACGCUUUUCUCCCGCUCCUAUCUGGGUGUAAACGGGGGCAGAUCGCAGCUGAACUGGCAGAGCGACUACUUGCAGGGCAUCAAAAGAGUGCGGCGGCUGUACUGCAACGUGGGCAUUGGGUUUCACCUGCAGGUGCUCCCGGAUGGCAGGAUAAGCGGUGUGCACAGUGAAAACCCAUACAGUCUGAUAGAGAUCUCCACGGUGGACCGAGGGGUGAUCAGCCUGUUCGGGGUGAGGAGUCAGCUGUUUGUCGCAAUGAACAGCAGAGGAAGGUUGUACGGAACGAGCCUCUUCAAGGACGAGUGCAAGUUCAAGGAGACGCUGCUGCCGAACAACUACAACGCCUACGAGUCUUUUGUUUACAAGGGCUUCUACAUCGGCCUGAGCAAGCACGGCCGGGUAAAGCGAGGCAACAAGGCGACCACCGCCAUGACUGUCACACAUUUCCUCCCGCGACUAUGAAAGAAGCUGACAUUUUCAGAGAAAUUUGCACAUGUGGAUGUUCCUCCAGGUAACAAAUAUGUAGAAAUGGAAAGUCACGACAGACGCGCCCAUGAACUGCGAAGGAAAACACAAAUAUUUAUUCUGUUAUACAUAUUUAUGUGUAUAUUUGGAUAGCCGUGUUUGUAAAUGUAUGCCAAACUGUGCUGCUUAUUGUUUUUCUGGACAGGGCGAGUCGAAGCCCGUCCCUGUCCCACUUUACCUUGGUGCUUGCUGAAACUCAACUACACGCCACUUACUUUUCUGAGAUGGAGGAUGAGCUUAAAUGCUGUGCUUUUAAAGAGUGAAAUGAAUACUUUUUAUUACCUCAACGAACCACUUCACUAGAUGAAGGACUGCAUGGACUUCUGCUCAAAUAUCCGCUGAGUUUAUCGUUUUAUUCAAACCUUUAAAUGCUUGACGGUUCACUGCUUGGUUACUGUUGUCCUGCAGUGGAGGGGAGAGAGAAAUUUAAAUGCACUACUUCGUUCCUGCACGAUUUAAAGGUGCCUUGGUGUUCCCACUUGCUGGCCCCCUUUAAACCUCUGUGUAAGAGACACCCGGGCGAGUCAGAAAUAGGGCUGACGCUCCGGAGAGAGGGCCUCAGAAAAGGGGGAACGAGGGAGGAGGGGGUCGGCUAUCUCUGGUUUAUUUUCUUUUCUGUAAUUAGAUCGAUUAAGUAAUAAACAAUCUGUGGUUGAGACCGGAGAACGGUCGGCCAUGGAGGCUGGCGCAAGGCCAGGUGUUUUACUGUGUAGCUAAGAAAACAGGGUGGAAAUCCGUAUGUGCCACAGCAUGGGGGAACGGUUCGGGUCGGACCUGGCUUGCUUCUGCACAAUUAUCGACUGAGCGGACGAAGCAAAUAGCAAAUAGCAGUAGAGUGUGCUGCUGUUUUUUUUUUUUUUUGGAAAUGCGAAGCUUUUAGAUGCUAAAGGAAAUGGAAAACAAUGUAAAUAGCUGCAAGUUUAAAAGAAGACGUUUUUGUAGCACAAAAAAUACAAAAGGCUG